AUGGAACUUCAAAUUCAACUUAAACUCGAAGCGAAUUGCGACUUUCACCUGGCACGUGAUUGCAUUUUGCGCGUGUUUGUUGUUCUCCCCGCUGUCAACGACGCGCCAUUAGCACAACUUGAAGUGCAAGUGUCAGGUUCCAAGAUUCAAAAUGGUGUCCGUUUCUCCGCCUGGGAAAAGCGAUUUCCUUUUCAAACGCAUAACGAACAAACCAAGUCCGUUGACGACCAAUUGGACGAUGCUAGGCCCAAAGUGGAUUACAAAUUCAUGAGAAAUGCCCAAGGCGAACUUAUAUCAGGAGGCGUAACUGGAAUAGUGGAACUAAUUGAGAAUGGCACUGCACUUAAAACACCAUAUCCUGGUCCGGAGAUGGACCUUCAUAUCCGGGAUAUUGCCAAAGAGGCCGACAUUUAUCAUCGUAUUGGCCCACAUAAGCGGCUGGCUCGGAUGCUUGAUCAUCCCGACGAAGGCCUUGUGCUUGAAUUCAUGAGAAACGGCGAUCUUAAAACGUAUCUCCAGUCGAAAAGCUCAAUACCCAUAGACCUCAAAGUAAAGUGGGCAUAUCAGGUUGCGGAAGCAGUCGACCUUCUGCAUAAGAAUGAUGUCAUUCACUGUGACAUCAAGCCGCGGAACACAUUACUGGAUACGUGUUUUGACACUAAGAUCAUUGACUUCUCCGGUUCCUCCUUAGAUGGUUCAAGGCCAACAUCGGGUGAAAGCACGCGCUUUUUUCUGCCACGACAUUGGAAAGAUCCCUCGACAGUGGCGACAGAUCUUUUCGCGCUAGGAUCAACUAUUUACGAGGCUUUUUACGCUACCAGUCCAUAUAGAGACAUCGCUAGUGACGAAGUUGAGAGGCUUUAUAACAAAAUGAGUUCCUUGGUAUAUCAAACGAACCAUGGGGACCGAUAA